GAGACUAAAACACGUUUAUCCGCUAAAUUCAGUUUAUUUACAGACACGGAUGAACACGUGAAUUCUGAACAUUACAAACAAGAUUGAUUUAUUCAUCGAAAACAGAAGAGCGUCCAUCUCGCCGUGACGCCACGGGACGUUACCUCUCCAGCUGCUCGUUCAAAUAUCGAAUCUGAAUCAGAUACGUGGCCCCGAAGGACAAGCUGUACUGUAUAUACAGUAGCGUCAGCGUUGGAUCCACGCUUCAAGCCCCCUGCCCCUCCCGUACGAUGAGGCCCCCGUGACAACACGCUCUCCGGACUGAUGACUGAAGCUGCUGGUCUGAUAACAGAGGCCAUGAACACGCAGAGCAAGCAGGUGGUGGUGGGGCCGCCGUGCGCCGGGCCUCCCUCCCCGCCGGCCGCGGCCCACAAGACCCCCCGGACGCCCAUGUGCUCCCGCUGCAGGAACCACGGCGUCGCGUCGCCCCUGAAGGGCCACAAGCGCUUCUGCAACUGGAGGGACUGUCACUGCCCCAACUGCAAGCUCAUCGCCGAGAGGCAGAGGAUCAUGGCGGCGCAGGUGGCCUUGAGGAGGCAGCAGGCUCAGGAGGAGGCGCUCGGGAUCUUCCGUGCGGUGACUCUGUCCUGCCCCGAGGUGAUGGGAAAGAACGGGGCCGGGGCGGACUGCCUGUUCUCCGUGGACGAGGGAGCCCUGAUGCCGAGCAGCAGCAGCAGCAGCAGCAGCAUCGCCGCCGCCGCCGCCGCCGCCGCCUCUUCUUCUUCUUCUUCUCUGGCUCUCACAGGGGGUCGCUCGGCGGCGUCCUGCAGCCCGUCGGCCGGCGCAGCCCGGUCCUACGCUGAGGGACCGUCCGACCUGCUGAUGGAAACCUCCUAUUACAACCUGUACCAGCCGCCAUCCUACCCAUCCUACUACAGCAACCUCUACAACUACCAGCAGUACCAGAUGUCCCAUGGCGACGGCCGCCUGUCCAGCCCCAACGUGUCCUCCCAGUACCGCAUGCACUCCUACUACCCAGCCGUCACCUACCUGACCCAGGGCCUGGGCUCCACCAGCAGCGUGUCGCCCUCCAUCAGCCCGGAGGAGGAGGACGACGACAACAACAACAACAACAACUCUGACGCUAUGGCAACCUCCUUCUCGCUGGGCGCCGCCGCCGCCUCCGCCAACGGCCACGACUCCACCAUGACCUACCGGCCCGCCGACCCUCUGGCUAACUCCGACAUCAAGGUCGAGUGCGACGUCUGCAGCGACCAGGCCGCCGACAACUUCCCCGUCGUCAGCGGUGAUUCCACCAAAUAAAGGAGCUAAGGACACGACAAAAUCACAUUUAUUAGAAAGAAAUUGACCUUUUUUUCCAGAAACGGUUUCGCAGUUCAAAUGUUAUCUGGUUUUCUGUCUUUCUGUCCUUGAAGGGCGUGAACAUAAUUGAGAUUAUAGACUGUUUUUUGUAUUUUUAGAUCAUUUUUAACAGUUAAAUCUUUUUGUUGUAGCUAGUUCACCGUCAUAGAUGGAACAACAACAACUAAAACGAGAUUAAAGGUCAAAACCUGCGCAGGAAAAACUUGAGGAUGUAGUUGUAAAUCCCAUAAUGUCAGUUGACAUUUUCAUGUUAAUACUUCAUCAUAUUUAGCUUCUUCUCAGCAACACGAAAAAAUCUAAUCUUAAAAUGUAUAAUUAUCCAGUUCGGCUAGUUUGCGUUCGCACACAUGCGGCUUCUCUGGAGGACGUCUAGAAAAAACACACACACACACACACACACACACACACACACACACACACACACACACACACACGCACUCAGAUCAUA